UCCAAUUUUCAUGGCGACACAAGACGACGUCGACUGUAACAUGCUCUCAGCUGAUUGCGUAGUAAUCUCGUGCUGUUGCCAAUGUUUGAUCUUACAGCUCAUCAUCGUCGUCUUUCUCAAGCUUCCAUACAAGCUGCUCCAAAAAACACGUAGAUAUGCUAAGAGAAAAUUAUUUGCCCGAAGAUCAAAACAUAAUAAGCCAAUCAUCAUAGUAGAUCAGAUGAUCAUCGCCCCGACAUCCUUGAUCAACGUUCAGCCUGAAAUUGAAGAAAUCCAUGACCACUGUUUUUGUUGCAUGGAUCAAGUCGACAGGGUCAUAGAGGAGAUGUCUAACAAGGGUAUGUUUGGAUUUGGAAGUUUCUGGAAUAGAGAGGAAUUAGUACGAAGUUUUAGCCAUGGCAGCCGCCGGUCGGAGAUCAUUGGCGACACACCACGUGAAUAAUAUUAUUAAUUAAUUAGUUAAUUAGUUAAUAAAGUACUAACUAAAAAAAAUCUAAGUUUAGGAUAUUUUAUGUUGGGUCCAUCUUAAAUUUAGAAACCAACGGUUUUUAUUUGUUUGGAGGAUAUAAUCAGAAUAGUGUUAAUU